AUGGCGUACGAUGCGUUCAAGACGAUGAUGAAAGCCUAUAAUUUGAUGAAGGAUGGUCCUUUGCUGCAUGUUUCGGCAUCUCUGGUGGCUGCGGUGAUUUGCACCACGUGCCACAUGCCCUUUGACGUGGUCCUGGUUGUGUACCAAAGUGCGCACAGCCUUGGUGACAGUAACCAUCAACUUCGGUCCGGACCGCUGACCUGUGCAAAUGCACUGCUGCGAGAGUCUGGACCCAAAGUCUUCUUUCGCGGGUGGACACCUGCCUUCGUGCGCUUGGCUCCGGUGUGUGUGUUUUCCUUCUGGCUCUACGAGCAGCUCCGGCGUUUGGUCGGCAUCGGUUAUUUGGACUAG